AUGUCAAACCCACAACAAUCAUAUUCUAUUUGGUCGCCUCACGACACUGUCAAGGAUGUUGCUGAAUCAUUAGGUGUUGAUAACAUUAAUGAAGAUGUUUUGAAAAGUUUAGCUAUGGAUGUGGAGUAUCGUAUAUUAGAAAUCAUCGAACAAGCUGUGAAGUUCAAGAGACAUUCGAAGAGAGAUCUUUUGACGACAGAUGACAUCGCUAAAGCUUUGCGUAUUUUAAACGUCGAACCAUUAUAUGGUUAUCACGAUGGAUCUGCUCGAAACAGAAGUAUAACUUUUAAUAGAGUGAGUGCACAAGGGGGUCAAUCUUUAUAUUAUGUUGACGAUGAAGAAGUUGAUUUUGAUAAAUUAAUUAAUGAACCGUUACCACAAGUUCCAAGAUUACCGACAUUUACUACACAUUGGUUAGCUGUUGAAGGUAUUCAACCAGCUAUUGCCCAAAAUCCUAAUUUAAACGAUAUAAGAGUCUCCCAACCUCCAAUGGUGAGAGGUGCUAUCGUGACAGCUUUGAAUGACAAUAGUAUCCAAUCUUCCUCUUCCACUGCACCUAUCUCGUUAUCCGAAGAUAAAGAUAGUUAUCAGGCUUCAACUGUUAAACCUGGUCAAAACACAGAAAUUAAACCUUUGGUUAAACAUGUUCUAUCAAAAGAAUUACAAAUAUAUUUCAACAAAGUUGUCUCUGCACUUACAAAUCCAAACAUAGAAAGUGAAGAAGCGCAAUACAUGAAGGCUGCUGCAUUGUCAUCUUUGAAGACAGAUAGUGGGUUACAUCAAUUGGUACCAUACUUUAUUCAAUUCAUUGCAGAGCAAAUAACUCAUCAUUUAUCUGAUUUAGAUUUAUUAUCAACUAUUUUAGAAAUGAUUUACGCUUUAUUAAGUAAUGAAUCCAUAUUUUUAGAUCCAUAUAUUCAUUCCUUAAUGCCUUCAAUUUUAACUUUAUUGUUAGCCAAAAAAAUUGGAGGUUCUCAAAAUGAGGAAUCAGCUGAAAGCACAAGUGAAUUUUUAGAGAAGACAAAUGCUUUACGUGAUUUUGCUGCAUCACUAUUAGACUAUUUAUUAAAGAAAUACCCACAAAUAUACAAAUCUUUGAAGCCUCGUGUAACGAGAACUUUGUUGAAGACAUUUUUAGACACUAAUCGUGCGUUCGGUACUUAUUACGGUUGUUUACGUGGCAUUUCAGUGCUGGAGGCCGAAUCCAUUAGAUUUUUCUUAGGAAACCUUCAUAGUUGGUCAAAACUUGCAUUUGCUGAACAAAAUAUAGCCUUAGAAGAUUUCGAUGAAGAUAGACCUGGUAAAUUCACUCCAGAAGAAACGAGGUACUUGAUCAAUAUGAUUAUUAACUGUCUAUUGAUUCUGAAAGAUGACUUACCGCAACUAUCACAAGAAGAUAACAGUGAAGUGACUGAUGAAGAACAAAAGAAACUAGUCGAAAGAUGUGGUGUUACAAUUGCACAUCACGUAUUAAAAAGAGAUGACUCCAAAGCUUUAAUUCAAGCUAUCUUUUUUGGUGAAUAA